UUGAUGACAUUUACAGUUUCCUUUGGACAUCUUGUGUCACACUGGGGUCGUCUCUCAGCAACAUUUCCCCUAAGCAGCUGGGAAUGUGAUAGAAUGAGGAAAUUACUCAUCUAAGAGGAACUCGUUGCCUUGUUUUCUAACCAUUCUGCUUCCAGCGCUCUGGCAUGGUUGCUAUCCCCCACAAAAAUGAAGGCAGGCUCCUUACGCUGCCCAGACCGAGCCGGGAAUGUAACCCUCUGUUGACCCACGACUAGUAACUCAUGAUGUCCCAGGCGAAUGUUAUUUAGCGGACCAAAACCUCCGUGUGUGGCAUUAAACAUCUUUUUUUUUUCACCCAUGGUAGGAUCUUCAGGGAACGAGAGGAGGUGUUGAUGUUGCGCCGAUGACUUUGUGCUGACAGCAGAAGUGUCGAGGAUACAGCAGGUCUUUUCACCGGUCGGACCGUUCUGCUCCUGCGGGCAAAGGAGGACACAGAUCAUCUGGGAAGAUGUUCUUCGUGGCGGGGGCCAGGAACACAGCAGGGUCGGGGAGAGAUAAUGAGAGGAGGUCAAUUUACCAGAAAUUUCGGGAGGCUGACAUAUUGGGCAAGAAGACUACGGAGACAGCUCUAAAGGCUGGAGAAGACAGAGCCAUUCUUCUGGGACUUGGAAUGAUCCUGUCUUCAUUCAUGAUGUAUUUUGUCUUGGGUAUCACCAUAUUACGCUCCUAUGCAGACAGCGUGUGGACAGAGGAGGGUGUGUGCUUUGUUCUCAACUCCACGGUCAUAGAAGACAUGAACUGCUCCUACAACUGUGGGUCCGACUGCUGGAGAGGCUCCAAAUACCCAUGUCUGCAGGUCUACGUGAGCGUCAAUAACACGGGCCGUGUCAGCCGUUUAUCUCACAAUGAAGAGACCCAGGAUGCCAGCUCUGAAUGUUUCUAUGUGCCCAGGUGCCAGAAGGACAGCACGGCCAUGCACUCCGUAAUUAUGAACAUUUCCGAACGGCUCAAACUGAACCAGCAGGUCACCUGUUACUAUGACCCCAGCGAGCAGCACGAAACCGUCCUCCUGACCCGGAUGUACGACCACAGCGUCAUCUUCCACUCGCUGUUCUGGCCGUCCUGCAUGCUGACCGGAGGGGCCCUCAUCAUCGUGAUGGUGAAGCUCACGCAGUACCUCUCCAGACUGUGUGAACAGAUAGGCAAGAUCAAGAGGUGAAGUAUGUCGGGUAGCUGUGAAGGCCAAGCGCGUGGCGGUCUGGUGAUGGACAUAUGACAUGAAAGGGAUUUUUUUAAAUCAAGCGACCUUGCUGCGUCCCUUUACAAACGUUCCUCUUUGGCCGAGACAUUUGGAACAGCUGACUUUCACUCUGGAGUGAAGAUGCAGCAGUUUAUAAACGUGAAUGGAAUGUUACAAGGCUGGCAACUCAGAGAAAACUAUGCCUGCAUGGUGUUAAAAUGCUGUAAAUAUCUGAGGGUACGUGUUUACAAGUGUUUGUUAUAUUGUGGCUAUCUAUCUAUCUAUCUAUCUAUCUAUCUAUCUAUCUAUAUAUAUAUAUAUAUAUAUAUAUAUAUAUGAUAUUGUAUAUAUACAAACACUGCACAGGAAAAACUCAAAAAACAUGGACUAUAGCCUAAGGUUUGGCCCCUAAACGCCACAGAUCUCAAACUGAUUGAGCAUCUGCAGGAUGAACUGGAACAAGCCCAAUCCACAAAGGGCCCUCCCCUAACCAACAGGACCGAAAGGCUUCCAAUACCGCCGGACACCACAGGACACCACAGGACACCAUCAGAAGACCCGUGUCCAUUCUUUGAUGAGUCACAACUGUCGAGGAGGCACAAGGGCGAUCACGCAGUAUUAAACAGAGAAUAUUUGAUGGUGUGGCUUGUGGGUGUACAUAACAUUAAUACACAUGAUAAUACAGAGAGAAAAACAGCCCAGCUGUUAGUAGACAUUGACAUCUAUUUGUGGUUGACGUUGAGACAAAUGUUGAGAAUUGCUUGUAUUUUGAUAAUAAUGUACGAUUGUUUUCUGAGGUUUUUAUUUUAUACCGACUUCGCCAGCGACCAAAUAAAAUGUGGAGAUUCUUUA